AUGUCUUCGACCCCGAGUAUCCGGGUAUAUGAAUCAUCGCGCUACCAGCGACCCUCCUAUCCAAGUCCUGCGCUUGCCAUGGCCAUUCCAAGUGCACGCGACCAAGUGCCGCCGCCCUUGCCUCCUCCACGUCACAUUGAGGACCUCAGGGCGGGCCACUCUGACCCCGGCUGGCAAUGGGGUAACACAGCCAACCCAAAGCAAAAUGGCUUUGGCGGAAAUCGGCUCGCGACAGUCAGGCCUGGCUCGAGCUUGUACGGUGGAUCUGGCAGCGGCCAGGUGCUUUGUCCGCGGGACCAGUCGGCCGACCAUCUUUCCAGUGGUCGCGAGCCCUCCAUCUCACGGUCUCUCGACGACAUGAGCCCUGAAGGCAGCAGGGACCACAACAGUGACGAGGAUCGUAGCGGCAAGACUCGGCCGUCGCUCGGCAACCACAGACUCACAAGUGAACGGCAGCUUGGUCAGAAGGCCCUAGAUCACUCAUCGCAGGCCUACGACAAGCAACUUCUCUCCAAGAUUGGCGGUCCGAACACCCCAACAAGAACCACUGCGCCGCCUCUCUCGAGCAGUGCUCAAGACCCGCCUGCCGACGCUUACGCGCACAAACUCAACGGACAACAACUGAAGCCCUUGUCCGUACCUGACCGACUACACCCAGACUCCCCCGCCUUCAAGUGGCCACAGUGCGGCGCAAUAUCACCUGGAUACACUGGCUUCCGCAGUCCUGUCUUCGAAGGACCGGAUGCACAUAGAGCACGCUACGGCAGCAUCUCGACACCAGGUCCGUUGGACGAGAACCCACCCCACCACCGAGGUAGCUACGACCACAGCAUAUUCUCAGAUCACGAGUUUGGUAUGGAGGAGAAUGGAAUGCGCAACCUAAACAUCGACGACCGUAGCCCGGCUGGGUCUGAUGAGUAUCAUAUGUGCCAAAAGGCUGGCCUAAAACGACGCGCCUCAUCGCCCCCUCCAGAGGCUGUGCGUGACGACCGACCCACCACAGGCGGCAACCCCGACUUGUACCAUCGGCGUUCGGCGCAGAUGCUCGUCAAUCGCAACACCCCGGCUUCGCGCUUCCAGAUGCAUCAUGGUUCUCUGUCUUCAAUAUCGUCGUCGGCUCCUCGCACUGGCUCAGUUGGCUCCUCUCUUGGUCUUUCCACGGCAGCCAGCAGCAUGACAAGUUAUGGUGGAGAUCAACGCUUGUCGCCCAGUGCAUUGUCGCCCUCGGGGCAGACGGAACUAGGCCCUGUCUCUCCUUAUGCAGCUAGUAGAUCGCUAAAUCCUAGCCCCCGCGGCUCUUUAUCGAGCCCACAGCACCGACGAGGCUACUCCGAGUCCGAGCAUCCUCCUCAGGUCCGAAAGCUCUCGACAGAAAACAUCAUCCAUUCGCGACAGAAUUCAAUGGCCAACCGCAUUCCAGGCGCAUACAUCUGCGAGUGUUGUCCCAAGAAACCCAAAAAAUUUGACAGCGAGGACGAGUUGCGGUCACACGAGCUAGAAAAGCAGUACAUCUGCCAGUAUUGCCCGAAUCGGUUCAAGAACAAGAAUGAGGCGGAACGCCAUCAAAAUUCUCUGCAUUUACGUCGACAUUCCUGGUCCUGCGCUGCACUCGCUGGCAUUCAAGCUGCUUUCCACCCCUCCCCUACUCGUUCGGCUGCGGCCGACGUAUGCGGGUUCUGUGGCGAGGAGUUUCCCAACCCUGCAAACUGGGACGCCAGAGCAGAGCAUCUGAACCAUGUACACAAAUUUGGCGAAUGCAACCAAGCCAAGAAGUUCUUCCGCGCAGAUCACUUCCGACAACAUUUGAAGCACAGUCACGCCGGUACGAGUGGAAAGUGGACCAACAUGCUGGAAAAUGCAUGUAUGAGAGAUGAGCCACCACCACAGGAGCGAGUUGGCUCGGUGAGCUCCAUCUCCGGCCCUUCGGUGUCUUCUCUUUCAUCAAAACCUGGGAUCAUCAAUGAAGCGCACGAUGAGUCCUGA